AUGGCUUCCACUUCCAUUCCUUCAAAAUCCCACCUCUUAUUUCUCUUAUUCUUCUUCACUCUAAUCCUUCUUGUUCAAUCAAAACUGAGUCUUGAUCCUUCUGACUUUGGAGCCCUUUUGCUUAUCCAAAAGGACUUGGGCAUCCAUGGUCAACGCCGGAGUCAAUGUAACUCCGCCGGGAUAUUCUGUGAAUGGAGAUUCACAAACAAUUCAUAUGUACUCAAAGUCACCCGUCUAGUGUUUGAAUCCCAAAACUUGAACGGAAAAAUUUCUCCUGCCAUCGGAAAACUCUCUGAGCUUAAAGAACUCUCCCUUGAAAACAACAAACUCUCAGGCAAAAUCCCAACUGAAAUUUUGCAUUGCCAGAGACUUGAGAUCCUGAACAUUAGGAAGAACCAAUUUUCUGGCGAAGUUCCGGAGGGAAUUUCUUCGUUAAUUCGCCUUCGUGUUCUUGAUAUUUCGUCGAAUAAAUUUUCCGGGAACUUAAAAUUCUUGAAGAACUCUCCGAAUCUGGAAAAACUUGGCCUCGCAGAUAAUAUGUUCGUCGGAAAAGUCCCUUUAUCGUUGAGGUCUUUUCGGAAUCUUCGAUCUAUCAACAUCUCCGGAAACACUUUACUCGAAGGUCCAUUGCCUGUAAUGAAUCAAUUGGAGCAUUUAUCGUCGGAAACUAUUCCAAAUCGUUAUAUUUUGGCUGAAAAAUCGAUAGAGAGAAACCACACGUCUGCAAGGGCAAUGGCCCCUUCUUCGAGUAAAGGCCUUAAUGACAGCCAAGCUGAAGCUCCGUCCCCCAUGGCAACGACACGACAUAAUCAUAAGAAGACGAAGAGGAAAGUACUCGGUUGGGUAGUCGGAUUUCUAGCCGGAGCUUUUGCUGGUAGUCUUUCGGGAUUGGUAUUUUCUUUGCUCUUCAAGUUUAUCAUGUUCUUGAUCAAAGGGCACAAGAGGGACACAAGUUUGGCAAUUUUUAGUCCUUUGAUCAAGAAUCCCGAGGACCUAGCUUUUCUCGAGAACGAGGACGGAUUGAAUGGAUUGAAUGUUAUCGGACGAGGUGGAUGUGGAGAAGUUUACAAAGCAACUUUACCGGGAACGAACGGAAAGGAAAUUGCUAUAAAGAAGAUAAUUCAGCCUUCUCGGGAUGCAGAAGAGCUUGCUGGGGAAGACAGCAGACUGCUGAACAAGAAGAUGCGACAGAUUAGGUCAGAAAUUCAGACGGUGGGUCAAAUCAGACAUAGGAAUCUACUUCCUCUAUUAGCCCAUUUGCCACGGCCCGACUGCCAUUAUCUUGUUUAUGAAUACAUGAAGAACGGUAGUCUACAAGAUGUUCUCCAAGCUGUCUCAGAAGGGAGACGAGAAUUCGAUUGGCUCGCACGAUACAAGGUAGCAAUAGGAAUAGCUUCAGGCCUUGAGUAUCUACACUUGAAUCAUACCCCGUGUAUUAUUCACAGAGACCUCAAGCCAGCUAAUGUCCUUCUCGAUGAUGAAAUGGAAGCCAGAAUUGCAGAUUUCGGGCUUGCAAAAGCCAUGCCUGAAGCUCAUACACACGUUACAACUUCAAAUGUGGCCGGAACAGUGGGAUACAUUGCCCCGGAGUAUUACCAAACUUUCAAGUUCACUGAGAAGUGUGAUAUAUACAGCUUCGGGGUGGUGCUCGGAGUUCUGACGAUGGGUAAGUUUCCAUCCGACGAAUUCUUCCAACACACUGACGAGAUGAAUUUAGUGAAGUGGAUGAGAAAUGUGAUGACGUCUGAGGAUCCGAAAAGGGCGAUCGAUCCGAGACUCCUCGGAAAUGGAAACGAAGAGCAGAUUCUUUUGGUUCUCAAGAUUGCCUGUUUUUGCACCUUGGAUAAUCCUAAAGAGCGGCCCGACAGUAAGGAAAUUAGAUGCAUGUUAACUCAAAUUAAGCAUUGA